UAAACAAAAUACAAACUACAUGACCAAUAAAAAGUAAAACUUAAGACGAAGCAUACCGCGUGUGUUUAGAUUCACAGCAGAUCCCUUCUUAAAUGUAACGUUUAUGUCCACGUUGAGCCUUUAUUUGACUAACGAAGAAGAACGGCCUUCCGUGCGAUGUUUAUUUUGAAAGGCUGCACCGGAUGUGGUGUGAUGCGUAAUGUCGGUCUCAGUCGGUGGGCAAAGGCGUAGCUAGUAAACACCACAGAAAGCCGAAAACACUCAGCGGACGUUAGAGCCUGAAAACACCGAUUAUUAAAUAUUAUCUUCGGUUCGUGUAAAGCCUGUCGGUGUCGUCCGUUUUCCUGUUGCCGCCCGUGGUUGUCACAGUGACUGUCAGCGUCUAAAAAAAUAAAAAAUAAAGACUCGUCGGGGCGUUAGCCAGCUAGCUAGCUAGCAUAGCCACCUAGCCGUACCUGCAACAGCCGCAGCUAGCAUUAGCAUCAGACGACAAAGAUGAUAGCGCUAAUCAACAAACUGCUGGACUGGUUCAAGGCGCUCUUCUGGAAAGAAGAGAUGGAGCUGACCCUGGUGGGGCUGCAGUACUCCGGGAAAACGACCUUCGUCAACGUGAUAGCGUCUGGCCAGUUCAGUGAAGACAUGAUUCCUACAGUUGGGUUCAACAUGAGGAAGAUCACUAAAGGCAACGUUACCAUCAAGUUGUGGGAUAUCGGAGGUCAGCCUCGGUUCAGGAGCAUGUGGGAGCGUUACUGUCGAGGAGUCAGCGCUAUCGUCUACAUGGUGGACGCAGCAGACCCGGAGAAGAUCGAAGCCUCCAAGAACGAACUCCACAACCUGCUGGACAAACCGCAGCUGCAGGGAAUUCCUGUUUUGGUUCUGGGCAACAAGAGGGACCUACCAGGAGCUCUGGAUGAGAAGGAGCUCAUAGAGAGGAUGAACCUGUCGGCCAUCCAGGACAGAGAGAUCUGCUGCUACUCCAUCUCCUGCAAGGAGAAAGACAACAUCGACAUCACUCUCCAGUGGUUGAUCCAACACUCCAGGACUAAGAGGAGUUCCUGAGAACAGACACGCCCCCGACAGAACAGGCCACGCCCACCUGUCAUUACACACUCGCUCUUUGAUCAAACCCCCCAGUCACUCUCACCCAUACACCUUUGGAUGCACCGAUACCUCGCUUUUGUUUUUAUUAAAGUAUAAAAUGGAAAAGCCCACAGAGUCGCCUGACAGGCAGCCGUGUCGGCGUGUGGCUUCUGUGGUUUGAGUAACGACAGGUGAUUGACAGCAUUAAUGAGGUUUGCAGAAGGCGUCCUUUUGUUUCAGUUCGUACAAAAUAGUCUUCAGUACACCAGCACAGGAGCACGCGCGCGCUAAAAAUUCACGGCGGUAUUUUUCCCGGGAAACGGGAGCAGAUUUUGACGAGAAUUCUUAGGAAGUACUGGGAUCUCAAUCCCUGCCAGUCGACCCUAGUUAGAUCAUGUCGCUGUCGACCGAUGGCUGACGCUUGUUCCCUGCAAAGGUGUCUCACAGGUACAACCACAAAAGUCUACAGCUAAUUUAUUUAUACAGUAGUUAAAGGGUCAUUUCACCCAAAUUACAGAGCACAAAAAAAAUUUUUAUUGGGAGCAUUUCCUCGCUAGAAAAUGAGGUGGAGGCAGAUAUCUAAAAAAAACAAACUUGAAUGAAUAAAACCAAAACCAUCUGCAUGGAUAGAUACUACAAGAGGGAAGAGAGAAAAUACGUUUUUUGUAAUUUGGGUGAACGGACUUUUUUUAAUUUUCAGUCUGUAUGGCUUAAAUAUAACCACCAGUCGUGUCAGUGAUUGAAACUGGCAACAGAAAAGUGGUAUCAGUGCAUCUUUACAGAUCCACACAACAGCCUCCACGAUGCUCUGUAUUUUUAAAUUGGCGGGGAACCUAAAAUCAUCACCGCAACGUGUAGAAAAGGCCAAAAAGACACACCGUUAGCAUUGCUAGCUGCUUAGCUGGAGCCUGUUUUGUGGAUGUGUACUCUUCCUCGAGUUUUCCCAUGAUCCUCCUCUCCCCCCCCCCGACCUCACCUUCAUCACCUUUUAGCCAGUAACCACAAAUCUGCCUUCAUCAUUUCCUCUCUCCUCCCUUUCCUCUGUUGAUUUUCAUUCCUCCCUUUCUCCUUCCAUUUUUCCCUUUCUACCUCCAUCUUCCAUCCAUCCAUUCAUCCGCACCACCAUUAUUUCACAUUUAUAUAAUCCCGAGAAGCCCCUCUUCCUCCCUCGUCUCUUGUGAACUGCUUGUCUUCCUCUGUAAUCCCUCUAUCCUUUCCUUUCUUAUUUUUGGAUGUUACCUUCUUUCUCUCUUUCCUCGCCAAGCCCCGCCGCUCGUCGCCUCGCUUUCUCUCCUGCCGAGCGAGGGAUUAAAAACCUUUUUAUUGCACUGUUGAUUUUGGUUUUGUAAGAUAUUGAUAAUGAGAAUAAUGUUAAUAAUCUUCUUAUUGUGACAUAACCUGGUUUGUUCAGAUUUAAGGAAGUGGUACUUUAACUGGAGAAGGAGAAAUGUUGCUUCUGUUCAUAUCUCUGUAAUAAUUAUUAUUAUUUCUUAUUUGUUUUAUAUUGUUAUUAUUUUUUAUUGUUUGUUUUUUUUGUCUACUCUGGAUGUGAGCCAGAGGUCAGUGUUUUCUGCUCUGAGACGUCUGCUGAUUGGACCUGGGGUGUCACGUGAUCAAAUGCAACCUUCACAUCAUGUCAGAUAAAAUGCAGCGAUAUAAUUAGUCACGUUUGAGUCGCUGAAACUCCCACUUAUUAAAUUUUUAUUUUAAAAUCGAUUGAUUUAAAAGGGUUUUUUUAUCAAUAUAUUUUUCCCUUGACACCAUUGAUUGAUUUAUGACACCAGGAGUGACAACAAAAUACAUUUUGGAACUUUGUUGAGGACGAAUAUCUUUUGUUGAGAUUAUCAAAUGAUUUUUUAGUUCAAAUUCAGCCUCUAGUCCUUCCUCGCAAUAUCCGAGCCUACAGAAAAUGGCCACUUCCUGUUUUUAAUUACCACAAGAUGGCACCAUGAAUAUGGAAGCCUGCGGCUGCCAAUAUUGAGAUAAAAUGUGCAUUUGAUGUGUGACAGAAUUAACAUUUUAUAAUCAAAUUCUCAUUUUAAAGUAAAAAUGAAAACCCCGUUCAGUGACGAUACCUUUCCGUGCUCUCCUAAGCGCUAAACUCUGCCGCGUGGAACUGGCAGAAAAUGUGAAACCUAAACUUGAAAAUGAAAAAGCGGACUGGACUUUUGCGUUUGAAUUGAAAUCCUAGUUUUGACUCGUUUCUAUUGAAAAUGAAAUGCCAUUUUUAUAUUCCUCAAUUUCAGAAAAAAAGCCCCGGGAGAAUCCUGACAUUAAAUAUCAGGACGUGAUUCAAAUGCAAAACUCUAGUUUGAAAUUUAAUUUUGAAGUUUAGGUUGCACGUCAUCUGACAAAACAUUUCGCGUUUAGUUUCAUUAUUAUUUUGUCUACGUUAAGCCUCAGAAGUACACUGGAAAUUAUUGCUAUUUUAAUUUUGGCAGUAAUGCAUUUUCAAACAUGAAAAUUUAAAUUUUGUCAUACAUCAUGCGCACACAAGUGGAAAUUAUUACAAUUUAACAUUAGCAGCCAUAGACUUCCACACAAAGCAGUGUUUACCGAAUGUUUGUAUUUAUGGUAAACAAGAUAUGACAGGAAUGCGGUUUAAGGAAAUCUACUCUGUCGAUAUUUAUAUAAUCAGUUGGUGCUUCUACAGCUGGUCUAAGGCUUUGUUCAGACUGCAGGACUGCGGGUUCGUUUCUCAAAUCAGAUCUUUAAGACAGACUGUCAAAACUAUUUACAAGUGAUCGGAUCGGAUUUGUGCGCCCAGACAUCGCCACCCUAUCUGCGUGGGUUGCUGUGGCAACGACGUAGGCGUCAGUAACGACGUACGCUGGUGACGCGGCUUUCCGACGCUGAAGCAUGAGAAACGGGAGAUCCAUCGCUCGCUGGUGUCCGUUGCGAUGUCCCGUGCUGCACUCGUGGCUCUGAUGCACCUCCUCGUUUUGGAUUUGACGUCGCGUGUUUUGCGUUGCGAGUGACGCAAAAGACACUUUGAAAUCCCGAUUUGAGCGUCCGGACUGAGACGCAUCUGUAGAAAUCGCAUUUCAAACCACCGCCAAAUGUGGCUCGGAUCCGAUUUGCAAAAAUCGCAUUUCACGUGGGGUUUUAUUGCCGUCCAGACUUUCUAAAGUCAAUCUGGAUAUGCCAAAAAACGGAUUUGGGCUGGCAGUCUGAACAAGGCCUAAAUUUACCACCAGUUUAUUGUGAAUGUUUUUUUGCUGUGAAUGGUAGCAACUCAUUUUCAAGCCGUUAAGCUUUUAGCUAGCUAGUUAAGUUAUCCAAUUUAGUGUUUUAAACACACAGCGUCGACUACAGCAAAACAGAGCCAUUACUGAAAGCAGGUGAUGAUAGUUUUGACGAGUAAAAUAAUUGUGCUUGUCAGGUCGUACGCUGGUGAUUGGCCAAAAUAUUCCAAUCUGUAAUAAAAUGAGGAGAUUUUAAAAGAAACGUCACAAAAUGUCAGCACGUAGCUUCGUACAAAGAUCAUCAUUAGCAUCACGCUUGCUACAUCCUUACACUAUUUUCACACUACUUAUAUUGUUAUAAUACUGUUUGUUUCAUUUCAACAUCUUCGUCAGCUCUGUCCUCCUAUUGGUUCAUAUCACAUUCUGACACGUUCUGGUCCUGACAGCAGCCAAUCAGACUGCAGAACAAACAGGAAAAGGAAGGAGCAUUACCUGUCUGUAUGUUGUUCUGUGCUAAGGUCAUUUUGUUUGCAGUGUAUGUGGGAGAUUAAUUCUGCUAGCACGCACUCGCCUGCUUUACACUGUCGGGCCAAACGGGCUCAGUCUGGCUUCAUAUUUAGGAUCAAGAGAGACUUAAGGCCUUUCUCAGUCUGAGUCUUGUGUGCGGCCCCGAGCACCGUCCCAAUUCAAAGUCCAUAUUAGGACAAAACCGCGCCAAAUGACGCUAAGGCUACAGCUAAUGCAAUUAUUUUCAGUAUCAAUGAAUCUGCUUGAUUAGUCGUCUGGUGUAUUAAAAGCCCGUCACAAGGUCACAAGAGACGCCCUCAAAAUGCUUGUUUUGUCCAAACAACGGAUCUAAACCCAAAGAUAUUCAGUUUACUGUCGCAUAAGACCACGAAAAGCAAAGAAUGUUUUCCCCUUGAAAAUGACUGACAGUUAUUGCCGAAUAAUCUUCUGUUGAUUGACAGAUAUUACACGACUAAUUGCUACAGCUGUGGUCGAUGCUUUGGGAGCAGUCUUGAGUGAACCUGGGGAAGACGAGUAUCCCGGUUUGCAUUUCACAUCCAUCAACAGCAGCGACAGCAAAGCACAUAAUUCAAACCCAGAACGUCUUGUAUUAAAACUGUAACCAACCAAAUUUGGUCUUAGUCAAGAAAUUAACAGCUUAGAUUUCAAAAUAUGUGGUUGAUUUAUCAAAAAUAAUGCAUAUUUGAUUUGCAACAUCUCUGGAGAUGUGAGGAUCUGUAGCGGCGUACAGGUGUGUUGAAGUGAACCACCUGAGCUGAGCUGGUGAAGUCAGCACGAAGGCUGUCCCGGUUACAGACGGAGCGCUUUUGUGGGUUAGGACUCCCUGGAAGGCGACUUCAAACUCCCAACAUCGCGAGAUCGAAAUUCCCAACAGUGCAAGAUUAAAGUCCCAAAAAACGCAAGUUCGAUCUCGGCAAACUCGUUAUUGAGAAAGUCCUUUCUGUUUUUCUCGAUAGACUGGUUUCCACAGCAGAGCCAAACACUCUUAUCAGUGACUGAAUCCUCCAAACAGCAGCAAUGCUGAAGCUGCAUAAACAGUUUUAGCCCUCUUUAGCCCGACAGUGGAAAGCUGCUUAUUUCUUAAUAACUACCCAGAGCCGUCUAUCUGAAGGAGCUGUGUUAACAAGCUGGAGGUGCCAGAAGGCCCAGUACUUCCCCGAUGAAACGCCAGACGACAACAAGCACAACUCGCACCAGUUGGACGUGUCAAAGAAGUAAAAACUGAAUCUCCUUCAGCCUCGGACGGCUCAGUUUGUUCUCCAGCUGCUCCAGAUUUCAGGUUCUGGUGUUUUCUGAACCGGUGAAGAGGUGUUGUCUGACUCCGUUCUGGUCCACUUGAAAUGUAUUGAUCUGUUGAUCAGCCAGCACAGUGAUUAUUCGUUAUUGACGCCGUCAGACAGACCAGAUUACAAGGGAAUUUCAAAGUCACGUCUCGGCCUCGUGUGAUUCUUUAUUUGAUUCCAGCAGAGAGUUAACAGGAGUUCACGGGGGUUUGAGACGGGGAUGUUGCGGUUCAGCGGUCUACACCCAAACCGGUUCAGUGUGCUAGUUUGAAGCACGUCUUAAGGCAAAGAAAGAGAGGGGCGAGACGUGAUGAAGCCUACUGAUGGAGAUAACGGAGCACACUUUCAAACACCUCAUGGACGUUCAUGGUGUUUGCAUGAAGUUCACGUGAAAAGUGGCAGAGGUAGUUGCGUGAAGAGCGAAUCAGCGCUCGACACCGUUGGCCAGCCGCUGCGUACAAUCGGCAUCAUUGUGAGAUUAACGGUUUCGGAAAGUUACGUAGAUUGUCGGACGCAGCAGACUGAAUUACAACAUCGGAAACAGGUUUUCAGGCACUGCUCUGUGAUCCGACACUUGAGUUUUAAGCAUACUGACCCUUAAGGCCACCAGGUCGCCCCGCCCUGUGAGCUUUCGAAGUGCAGUUUUAAGAAAUCCUGUCUUUGGAGUCAAAAAGCCAGAUUUUCCACAUUUCUUUGUUUAAACACAGAAAAAGGAAAGAUUAUAUUUCACUGCGGCUGGUAAACCCUGAGACUCACCAGCCACUUUGACCGGUUUACCAGCCCACCGGGUGUCUGUUAGAACAGAGCGACACCUUCAGGUGACCGCAGUUGGUAUUUCCUGUCCUUGUUCAUCGGGUCGAAUGCGUGAACCUUGAAAUCUCCCCUGCAGCUGUGUUCUGAUUGGCUCUGGUCUCUUCUGUUUGCAUGCUGAGGGCAGGGAUUGUAUAUCUGUGGGACCUGAUGAAGUCAACGGUUAUUUUGGUGCAACUUUACCAUAAAAUGGCCUUAAUCCAGUGUGUCAUCCUGAGUAUUAACCUACAGAAAAGUAAUGUAAGUACACAACAUGAAAUGUACUAAAAACAGUGCAAUAAAACAGAAGUAUCAACAUUGCGAUUAAACUGUGUCAUAACGUGCUUCUUUAUGCCGGAGGAGGAUCGCGUGACGGUGUGCUUACAGUACUGAUGGAAACACUGGAGUACGGUCAUUGUGAUGUAAAGUUUGACCAGCGUUUUUUUUUUUUAUGGCAAAUAAUCUAGUAACGUCUUGUGAUCCUGCAUGUACAAACUGAGGCCGUACAGGAUGCGAUGUAAAACGUCCUGGAAGGUUAUAUCCGCGUCAAAACCUGGAGAUCUCUACGGCGUCGCCACCAAAAUAUGACAAAAUUUGGGAACAAAUGAAACUGGAAACCUUUUUGAAAGGAUCUUCUUGACUACUAAACCGCUUGUUACGCUUUCACAGACUGUUAGUACUGUGAAGCUACAUGAAUAUGACCGUUUAUUACAGACUCUUUAAACCAUUGUGGUCAUUUUUAAAAAGAAAAACAGUGAACGGCACUGAAAGCUUAAAAACGUGUUCAGCGCGAGAGUUCAUUCUUUACCUUUUUAAAGAGCAGUUUGACAAAACAGUCUCAACUACUAGCUUGAUCCAGAGCUUUCAUUUUUCUGAGCAUUUUUAAUAUGUUUGAAUGUAAAACUUUGCAUUAAAUCUCUUCUAAUCUAAUAUCGAUGGCCAAAUUCAUUGCAAGAGUCGAGCGUAUUUGUUUUCAUUUAUCGGACCGGCCCGAAGAGAAAUGAAGAAAUCAAAAACUAAAAGUCAGCUACUCUCUAACGAAGGUGAUUUAUUUAUUUAUAUGUUUGAACAACCAAAAUUAAGUUUAAAAAACAAACCUUUAAAUUUGGAGAUUAAGGAUUAAUAAGGAGCUUGUUCUGGAUUGUGUUGCUGAUCCGGUAGUUUUGCUGCGGAGUUUGUACAUGCAGGUUGAACAUGCUGAGACAGUCUGAACCUGUUUGUACAUUAUUGUUUUAUUCAGUUGAUAUAUAAUGUGUUUUAAUAGAAACAUGCUUGUGUAUGAUACUAAUUAAAUACUAUGGAGAAAUA